AUAAAUACACGCCACAGUUGCUUCUCUAUACUUCACAUGUCCCCAUUGUGCAAUGAGUAUUAUGGCUUCUAAGUGCUGUGCAGUGGGUCUGUUCCUGGUUUUGCUGUUCUGGGAUGUUCAUUGCUAUCCCUAUCAACAAGCCUACAGGAUGGGCCAAGUCUACCCAAGAACUUCAACUCUAUAUGGUCCACUUGUCAAACCCAGCCAAAGUGACACCUACACACAGUACUUCCUUAAACAUGAACCCAUUACUUCUGGUUCAAGCCUCCCUGGUCCUGUUGAUUCUAGGAGUCCUAUUGACGGGGGCUCCAAUCUUGGUAGUCAGUGUUUAGCUCCCCUGAAGACUGAUGCUUCCCCUUACGUCAUUCCUCAGGCUCCUGAACAGACUGGAUGUCGUUCUGCUGGACUAGUUUACCCUAGUUAUCUUCCUUUACCUCCACUGUGUGAGUCUUCACCAAGUAAGUUCCAGGCAGGGGAUAUCUCUCACUUUGAGAGUGUUUAUGAACAUGGCAACAGUCAGAGUGAGUUCGAAGACCAACGGUUCCCACUUCCUGAGGGUGCAGUUGAGGCAGGUUCUAUUCCAGCCCCACUCCCUGCUACUAUAGCCCGGUCCAAAGUUAUUAGACCAGAACCUAGCCAGGAAGAUUUUGAGGAUAAUUAUAGUGAGCUGUUCAUCACUGGGAAGUUCCCUGCUGGCACCAUCACCAAUUUAAAAACCAAAUAUGAGCAUGGAAAUGACCAAUGGAGCGCAGCUGGUUUUGUCCAGUACCGGCCUGCUCCGGUCCAGUACCGGCCUGCUCCGGUCCAGUACCGGCCUGCUCCGGUCCAGUACCGGCCUGCCAGUAGGACAAGGUUCUGUGCUAACCUGGAUCCUGCUGUCUCAUGGCUGUGUUGACUGCCAAUAAAGUACUUU